ACGGGGCCACGAUUGAAAUAGACGAUUUUAAAAAACAAAAAACUGAUUGAAAGUUUUAGCGGCACUAGCCGCUUCAACAAACAAUAAAUGGAUAAUUUCCAUAGUUUCGAUUGAACGGUCCAAGUAACACCUCCCUUCACCCUCUGCAAAUUGGCCGAGACUUCAAUAUUAUUAGCAAUAAUAAUAAUGGCAACUGGAAGCAUUUCACCUUGUUUGUCACUGCUGCACCAGAAAGCCUUCUUUCCCUCUUCCUUCAGAAUAAAAGGAAUUCCCCAUAGAAAUAACAAUUAUAGCAGCAGAAUCAGUCCUCUGUUAAAAUCUGGCCGGGUGAAGGUGAAGGUGAGGUUCAGCUUGGAGCAGAUGGCGGACCCCGGCCAGCUGGACGCUUACAUGGAUAGCAUUCAAGGGGUUGUGAGUAAGGCGGAGGGGCUUCUUUAUACCCUGGCUGAUGCUGCCGUAGUAACCACGGACACAGCUGGCACUGCCACUGCUCAGAAGGGUGGAGGCUGGUUCGGUUUUGUUGCUGAUGGAUUAGAAGGCUUCUUGAAGGUCUUGAAGGAUGGCCUUACAACAGUGCACGUUCCGUAUGCAUAUGGUUUUGCGAUUAUCAUGCUCACGGUUCUUGUAAAACUAGCUACUUUCCCUUUAACCCAAAAACAGGUGGAGUCAACACUGGCAAUGCAGAACCUUCAACCUAAAAUAAAGGCCAUUCGGGAGCGAUAUGAAGGUGAUCAGGAAAGGAUACAACUUGAGACGGCUCGCUUGUAUAAGCAAGCUGGAGUGAAUCCAUUAGCAGGAUGUCUUCCCACACUUGCUACAAUGCCUGUUUGGAUUGGACUAUAUCAGGCUCUUUCCAAUGUAGCCAAUGAGGGUCUCUUGACAGAAGGUUUCUUUUGGAUUCCCUCUUUGGCCGGACCGACUACAAUUGCCGCUCGACAAAAUGGAACUGCCAUUUCAUGGCUUUUCCCAUUUGUGGAUGGUCAUCCACCUUUGGGUUGGUUAGAUACAUUUGCUUAUCUUGUUUUGCCAGUUUUGCUUGUUGCUUCUCAGUAUGUAUCAAUGCAGAUCAUGCAGACACCUCAGGCUGAUGAUCCAAGUCAAAAGAACACACAAAUCAUACUAAAGUUUCUUCCUCUUAUGAUUGGUUAUUUCUCUCUUUCUGUACCAUCGGGAUUGAGCAUUUACUGGUUUACAAAUAAUGUUCUAAGCACGGCACAGCAAGUGUGGCUUCGGAAGUUAGGGGGUGCUAAACCUGUUGUUGGUGAAGAUGGGAAUGGAAUAAUAUCUGCAGGACAGGCAAAACGUUCAACAUCAAAGGCUAUCACUGAUGUAAAAGAAUCUCGUCGUGGUUCAAGGUUUAGGCAGAGGAAGGCAGAGGAAGCACUAAAGAAAGCUGAUGCACAACAAGAAAUGGCAAUAGAUAUCAAAGGGAAAGAUGCAUAUCAAGUUGUUGGUCCAUCAUCUGAAAAUGAAGAAGAAUAUGUCCAAACAAAUAGUUUAUCUCCAGAAAAGGAACCAUUAGAAGAGGUGUAUGCUGCUAGUGUUAAUAGCACUACUAAUAAUCCUGGACCCAAGAGAAGUAAAAGAUCAAAAAGAAGACGUGCAAUGUAAGGUUUCUGAAAGGAUUCAUACUCAAUCGAGUUUGGAUUCGGCAAAUUUUGUGUUCUUCAAUUUGAAAUUGUUGGUUGUAUAGAACGUUGUAGUUAAUUAGGGGGGUUUCCCCAACUGCAAUUUAUGUGAAAAAAGAAGAAAAAACAAAGAAAGCGCUAAAUUUUAAUUUUAGCUGCUAAUUUGUAGCUUGCCUGUGCGGUUAUUCUUUAUGUAUACCAUAUUCUGUAAAAUAUGCCAUUUUGCAUCCAGAUUUGAAGUUUCUUAUCCUUCUAGGUUGCAUAUUCGUCA